CCGGCUGUUCCGGUUCGGUCCUCGGAGCUGGUGUCUUUGGCUGGGGCCGGCGGGGUACGUGACCGAGCCAGAGAGGCGAGGCCGCAGUUAUGCCCCGGUAUUAUGAGGACAAGCCUGAGGACGCGGCGUGCGCGGGCGUGAAGGAGGACCUGGGCGCGUGUCUGCUGCAGUCCCGCUGCGUGCUCCAGGAAGGAAAAUCUCCUCGGCAGUGUUUGAAGGAAGGGAACUGCAGAGCUUUGCAGUAUUCAUUUUUUGAAUGUAAAAGAUCAAUGUUGGAUGCCAGAUCAAGAUUCAGAGGAAGAAAAGGAUAUUGAUAUCAUUAUAUUAAAAGCAAGAUGAAUAGCAAUGCAGGGCUUUCCCUGGUCACUAACAGAAAAGCCAAAAUAGGAAAUGUGAUUUUGCUGCAUGUUUGGUGGACUGGUUUUUCUCUCCAUAGAACACUGAAGAAAAUGGAUAAAAAAUUUUGCUGAAAUUAUUUUUAGAAGAUAAACAAUUGAAAAUCUAUGGGCUGAGAACUUAAUGUGUUUUGAAAAUUGUUCAAAAGCAUAAAGAAGGGCUGGAGAGAUGGCUUAGUGGUUAAGGCGCUUGCCUGUGAAGCUUGAGGACCUGGGUUCGAUUCCCCAGUACCCACGUAAGCCAGAUGCAAGGUGGCACAGGCAUCAGGAGUUCAUUUGCAGUGGCUGGAGGCCCUGGCAUGCCCAUUCUCUGUCUGCCUCUCUCUCUUUCUCUCUGCCUCUUUCUUUCACAAAUCAAUCAAUAAAAAGCACAAAGAAUGGAAAGAUAGUUAUUUUCAACCAUGACUUUCAAUCACAGUCUGUACUAGAAGGCCAUGAAUGGGACUUUACUAUGGGAGACUAUUGUCAGGGUUCUUCCAUCUCUCGGUGGUUUUCUGUUUGUUGCUUUCAUUUCUAGGCUGGGUCUCUAUUCAUUUCCAAAGAGGAGAACAUGAACUUCCCUUUCCAGCAUCCACAAAUCCAGUCAUACUAAAGGACUGUUCCCUGGAUCACCUGCUCUUGCAUCAGACCCUUGUGAUCUUGGCCAAGUUUGGGACUUAUGUGACAACUACCGUCAGAAUCACGUUGGAUUCAAUCAGUUGGAUUUGGAACAAGCAACAAACCAACAGAUGUUCACUCUGAACAACAAACAUGCAGGUGAAAACAGUUUAGAAUCACAGUAAUUUUAUUUUUAUCACAACCGAGUUGAGAGUCAAGUAGGAAUCCAAGUUUCCAACUGGAUUUUUGCAGUGAAGAACAAUGAAGAAUCAUUGUUUUAUUUUUCAUGCUUUCAUUGGAACUAAAUCAAAGAAUUGUGAAGAUCACUUGUUAUUGUAAAUGACACUUCAAAUGGUGAGAAUUCCCCAGGGUAUCAGUGGGGCCUGGGGUGUAUAUUGUUCCACUGGGAAGGGAAAGUUGAUGACUAGUCAGCACUGUUGUAUACCAACUAAAGUGCUAGAACAUGUUUUGUGUGAGUUUAGGAUCAAACCCAGGGCCAUGUGCAUAUUAGGCAAAUGUUCUCCCACUGAACCACACCUUCCUUAAGAGUUAAAACUUGUAGAGGCCCCCAACACCUCAUCACUGAAGCAGACCAAAAAUGAACCCAACGUGGCUCAGGGAAAUUUUGCAGAAGAGGGGUCGGAAAGAAUGUCAGAGCCACAUGUUGGGUCAAGUUAUGCAGAGA